AUGCAAAAUAGCGUGGCUAUAUACUCAGCUACCUCGCGUGGACGUAUGCAACUCAUUUAUGGCGGGCAGCCUUUUAUCUUUGAGAAGACCCUAAAGCUGUCGACGGGCGAGGAGAAGCGCUAUUGGCGCUGCAAUCAAUGGUGGAAUCAAAAGUGCCGUUCACGUGUUUUUACCAUCAACGACAUUGUUUGCCCGCUGAACCGUUUUCACACGCACGAGGAGAUUGUGCGCCGCAAGAAGCGUGUACGUCGCGCACCUCCCGCAGAGUCUAAGCCCUUUCAGCAAUCAACACAAGCGCGCCAGGAGCCGCCUACGCAACAGGACCAGCAGCAGCAUCAUCACCAGCAGCUGGCCAGUGACGCUAUGUUGGGAACCACUUUAGGCGAUGAAGCUACAGCCACCAUAGAUGUUAAUGAUCUGGGCAUGCAUCUAAAGUACGAAGAGAUUGUGGCUGAUGUAACUGGCAUGGUGGGAGCAACACAUAGCCAUGGCCACACGCGUAUCUUAGGGCGCAAAAAAUAGUUUUUAGUGUUAGUAUAUUUAACAAGCAUUCAUUGUUUAUAAAAACACAUUCAGCUUAUAGUACUUAUAAACUUACGCAAGUAAAUAUUUUCAAUAAAAAAAAAGAGGAUUAACUAAGU